GCGCUGUCGCCGCAGGAUGUCAGCCCGCUGCGGGCGCUGCUGACCCAGAGCAGCCUCCGCGCCAGCGGCCUCCGGGCCUGGGGGUCCGAGGUGGCGGGCGGCGAGGAGAGCCUGCAGGGCCCGGAGGGCAGCGCCGCGACGUUCCUGCUCGUCUGCGACAGGACCCGCGCCGCCCUCUUCCGCGAGCGGAACUCCGCGCCAGGCGCGCUGCUGGGCGGUCCGGUCUACAGCGAGUGCGCCGCCGCGUUGGCUUCUCUCAGGGUCGGCGGCGACGUCGUGAGCGUGCUCAGCGACUGCACCGCGCUGACGGAUGCGCUGGUCCAGAGAAGCAGCGGAGGCGCGCGGGGCGCGGGGCUAUGCAAGGACCUGGUGGCCGACCUGCAGCCCCCGGCGCCCGUGCCAGAAGCGAGCGCGCCGUCAGGAGGCGUGCCCGCCGGCGCAGCGCAGGCCAUGGAGGAGGUCUGCGUGGAGACUUUGCAGAUUGUGGAGACGGGGGUGAGCUGCUUGAGCUUCCAGGACUGUAUGGGUGGCCGCUCCGUGGCCGCCGGUGGCCGAUGCCGUGGCCGCUCCGUGGCCGCCCCGAGGCCGCCCGUGGCCGCCCGGGCUCGGCCUGCGCCGCGCAUCUCUCGCCGCGCAGCUUGCGCAGCACCGCGCGCACCACGCCGACUGCAGCAGGGAGCUCGCACAGCACAGCUUGAACGGUUCAGGAGGAG